AUGAGGGUCUUGAUCAACUUGAAAGCCGCCAACUGCCGCAUUGUCUUGGCCGUUGGUAUCUUCGGACGAAGUUUGUGUAGUCUGAUCAAAGAUCCUGACGUUGAUAUUGAAGAGAAUGCUGAAGAUGCUGUCUAUGAUGCUGUCUAUGGAUAUCUCAUUCUGGCCAUUUCAUCUUCUAACUACUCCAUGAUGCAUCUUCGGCUCACAGCCACCAUACCAAGACUUUAUUUCCUGCUCCAAGCCCCUCUCAUCUUGCCACUGGUUCAGAAGAACAAAGCGAACCAUGAUAUUUACCCCUGCAGGCACGAAGUGACCUCAAGUCAUGCUAUCCCGCAUUAG